AGUAUAACAUGCGAUAAGAAAGUGAUAGCUGCGGCUACAGUGCUUGACAGUACAAUGAAAACAGUGUAUGGGCGUGUCAAGCUUUCCACCGAGCUGUGUCAACGAAUUCUUUCGCUAGCAAAGGAUACGACGCACCGCUCGUCUCAAGUACUGCAUGAUUAAAUGGUUCAGCAAUAAUCAAGUGCUGGGAAGUGAGUGGCUGUUUAUAAGGCGUCGGAGCACACUACAAAGACGUAAAUCAUGCUGUCGUUACUGCGACUACGCCUUCCUGUCUGGCUACUGCUGUUGACGUUGGUGGUAGCUGCAGCGUACGCUGCCACUCCUAGACGUCCGAACAUCGUGGUGCUUCUAGCCGACGAUCUGGGAUACGGAGAUGUGGGAUGCUUCGGCAACACCACCAUAUCCACGCCCAACAUAGACAGGUUGGCACAGAAUGGAGCCGUGCUGACUCAUCACACAGCAGCCGCAGCUGUUUGCACUCCGAGCAGAGCAGCGCUGCUCACGGGCAGGUACCCGGUGCGCUCAGGCAUGGAAAGCUACUUCAAGAACAAGGUGUUUAUCAUCGUCGCGGCAAGUGGCGGGCUGCCCACAAACGAGACGACGUUCGCCAAGGUUCUCCAACAGCAGGGUUACUCCACAGGAUACAUAGGCAAGUGGCACCUGGGCUUGUACUGCACAUCUAAGGACGACCCCUGCCACCACCCGCUGCGCCACGGCUUCGACUACUUCUACGGGCUACCCCUGACGAACCUGAAGGACUUUGGCGCCGACGACGGCAGCGUGGUCACCACCUACUUCCCCAACAUCUUCCGCUUCUGCUACACGGCCAUGGCGCUGAGCGCCGCCUUCUCCUACCUGCUGCUCCGCAGCGGAAGACCCAUCGCUGCGUCGUUCGUGUUCGCCAUCUUCUUCGUCGACCCCGCUGUGUUGGUAUUCUUCAUCAAGAGCAUCCCGACGCUCAAUGGCGUGGUCAUGCGCAAUUUCGAUGUGGUCGAGCAGCCCGUCCGGCUGCCGGGCAUGACGCAGAGGCUCGUUGCCGAGUCGCAACGCUUCGUCCGCUCCGCAGUCGCGGAAGGGAAGCCCUUCGUGCUCUUCCUCUCCUUCAUCCAUGUGCACACAGCCCUGUUCUCACACCCAUUCUUUGCCGGCAAGAGCGCGCACGGCCGCUACGGUGACAACGUUGAAGAGCUGGACUGGGCCAUCGGCAAGGUUACAGAACUGUUGCAGGAGACUGACCAGACGAACAACACGUUCGUCUACUUCACCUCUGACAACGGCGCUCACGUCCAAGAGAUUGGAGUUAAUGGCGAGAGGGAAGGCGGCUACAAUGGCAUCUUCAGAGGCGGGAAGACCAUGGGUGGAUGGGAAGGCGGCAUUCGCGUGCCCACAGUAGUUUCCUGGCCGGGACGGGUUCCCAGUGGCCUAAAGAUCGAGGCGUCGACGAGCCAGCUCGACGUGAUGCCCACGCUGCUGGCGGUGGCCGGGGCGGAGCCUCCUCGGGACCGCAUCAUAGACGGCAGCAACAUACUCCCGCUGCUCCGCGAGGAAUCCGCGGCUGCCUCGCACGAGUUCCUCUUCCAUUACUGUGGCAUUCACAUCCAUGCCGUCCGCUAUACGCCUCGCGACGGUUCCGGUACGUGGAAGGUGCACUUCAUGAGCCCCAACCCAGCCCUGUGUACAUACGUGUGCCACUGCUACGGCGGUUACGUGCUGCAUCACGACCCGCCUCUCAUCUUCCACCUGGACUCCGACCCAUCCGAGUCGCGGCCGCUCAGCGAGCGCGACGGUCCCAGCAUUGCGUGGGUGCGGGCGGCUGUCACGGAAGCGGUGGCGAAGCACAAGGCCUCGUUGCAGCUGGUGCCGCAGCAGUUCGACUUCUUCCACUCUGUGUGGCGGCCGUGGUUGCAGCCAUGCUGCAGCUACCCGUUCUGCUCCUGCCACGAGAACUACACGCUCGCGGAUACCUUGUGAUCCGCGUCCACGAGGGCGUGACUGUACAUUUACGACGGCUUUGUACAUUGCAACUUUGUACGCAUCACACAGUCGUGACUCUGAGCUUGUGUGUGACAUCGGUGCCUCAAAGGGGGAAUAUGCUAGAUUUUUAAAAUUUUAUGUUUGCUCUCGGGACUGCACUUAUGCGAGAGCUUUGGAAGCACUUCGUUAUACCCUGUCGUGCCUGGACAGCUGAUAUGUGUGGUGACAAAACGUGCCGGGAAAAUUUCGCGAAUAGUAAGUGAACCUUUUUUUGAUGGUGUGGAUCCUGUCGUCGUAUUUUGUUACUGGUAUCGAAAAUCAACGAGAGUGAGGUUUUGUGAGAAUUUUUAUCUUGUUGUUUUACUUGUGAUGCCUGAACGACGCAAGAGACAUCCCAUGUGUGGAAAUGUAGCGCAGUCACGUUAUGCAUAACUCUUGUUUAGCCCCAUAAAACUCCGAGAAGGCUUAGGCUUCAUUCUCGAUAACUAUCAAAGCACGUUUUGAUUUGCAGCUUUCCGGAACAUUGGUGCACCGACUUAUUUGUGCGUAGGAAUCUCUCACUAAACAUUGUCGUAUUAAUCUAGUGAAGGCUUUUAGUGAUAUUGAACGACAAUCUUCAGCCCUAACACAUACUUACAGCCAGAAAAGGCAUUGCAGCCACAUGUAACAUUGUCGCAUGUGGCUAGAAGGGCUUGCGACAAUGUCACCACCAUGUGGUUUUAAGCAACAAUGACAUAGAAUAUGUUUCUGGCAUAUUUUCACUGUAAUGUUGGCAUGUCUGUUUGAGGCCAUGCAAUGUCUAACCUCUAUUCAGGGCUGUUUUUUAUUUGAUUUUAUGGCUUAAGGUGUAAACCACACAGCGUAUUUCAGUUAUGACUGCAGGUUAGGUGCUAAGAUAUAUGACAGGGCCUUGCUGAAAGUUCAAAUUUAUGUGGUAUGUAUUGUUCUACCAGUUUUUAAUGGCUUGUGAAAUGGGCAGCUUCGAUUGUAAGUGAAUCAGUCGAGCAUCAAAUCAAAUCCCUUGAUCACGAUAGGCUCCUUUGCGCGUGCUUUGGGAGGGAGCCAGUCACAUUACCCGUGCAACUUCGCAACUACUGGGGCAUCUGAACUAGCAUCUAAGAUCUAACGUAGAUACACAGAGUUGCAGACAGCCUGGAGUUGGCUGUACAUUCUAUCGUGUGUUUGUGAAUGGCUACGGAGUGCCUAGUCGAUGCUUUAGGAUUUUUACCGGUAUGAUUUAAGCUCGUUAUGGAAUUUUUAGCCAGUGCUGAGGUACUACCUCAGUUAAUCCAGUAUUCUCUACAAGCACAUACUCGUUCCUCUCCUAUAUUAUUCAGGAACAUUUGAGAUUCAUUGUGUUGAAUGGAAUGAAAAUGAAAUUCAUAAUUUGUUAUAUUCAUUAUUGUUAUUAGUUCAACCAUAUUUGAAACUUCAAAUACAGUUGCAUGAUAUUUUAGUUGUAUUCAGUUUGACAAUUUGAUAUUUGUAAUGUCUGUCAUCAUAUGUGGCCAAACGGUAUACAAGAUGAGAAUAUCUGAUAGUGCCUGCUAUAUAAAAAAAAAAGGGUGAAAGCUUUGCAUGUGUACCUCAACUGUUUGCUGUUAUUUCACCUCUUUCGAAAUACUGAGGAGCUCUGGUUUUUGGGGUUAGACAUGGUACAGUGUACCGUUUUAAAAUGUUUUAUUUUGUUAUAUUAUGAAGGAUGUUUCUUCCUUAGUGUUUGUUCAAGUUUGUUCCACGAGUUAAAACGAAAUAUUCAAACGCCUCGAUAUAUUAUUCGUAGACAUAACUAUAAGGUAUUGCAUAGCUAAUCGAAAAUAUACCAUGCAAUGUGCAAUGAGUGUAGGACAUAAUGAAGGUAUUUUUGCAGGAAACUACACUUCCAUCAUAAUGAUGUUUCUCGAUAGAUAUUUUCAAAAUAAGCGCACUGAAAUUAUACUAAACUUUCACCUCACUUUUUACUAACCACUCAAUGCAAAAUUUGUACAGCAACUUUUCCAAGUAGUAUUCGAAUAAAAGCAAUUCCACCGUUCAAGCAUUGUUAACUUUAACCAACACACUCAUGACCUCGAAAAGAUCAAGAUGAAAAAAACAUGCAAGACAUGACUGAUGCUUGGAAAGACAAAUGAGCAUGUUUCUAAUAUUCUCAUCAUUUUCAUUUCACACUCUAUUAGUAUUUUUCAAUGUGUACGAACCGAUCGGCCCACUUAAGAGCAACUCCUGAUCUUGCUUCUCCAUGUGAGCAAGAUGUAAUCGAUUAUUCCAUAGCAAUAUUAGAUGGGAAAGUUGGGUCAGUCGAUGCGUAUCGCAUUUGAAACGAUAGUGUAGGAUGGCCUCUACUGUGGAAGGCUUGGAUGGCUAGACACCGCUGCGACCUGGUUGCUAGGUCCGAGUGAAUUUAUUUUCGACAAUCUUGUGUCAUCGAAAACGAAAACUGCGGGAAUGUGUACCUGAGGAGUGGCUGUGGAGGAUCAAACCUCUGGCAGCAGUGAAGGAACUUUAUGACGAUAUCGCCAGUCUGCAUAGGUCUGAUGGCGUGCUUUUUCUUCUCAUAUUUAGUGUUUGCGUUUUUUAUGUGACAUGCUUACGCUGUACAGUGUCCAAGACCAACAAUUUUUUUUGUUAAAGGUUGAUGUGUAAAGAAUACUUGAGACACGUCCUAUUGUUAUGAGAUUACAUAUGACAGUUAGAAACACGUAGGACAUAGCACUGCAGCCAAGCGCUUCCUGGUUUUGUUUGACAUCUUUCUUGCACUAUUUUGACAUGUCUCUAGUCCGAUUAGCGUGGCAUGCAUAUCCUAAGUCGUACAACCAGUAUUGAUUUUGUCACUCAUUCCAUGUAGAAAAAAAUGAAGGUAUGCCUCUAGCUUGGUACUCUAGUCCUGAAUGUACAGAUAGGAGGGUGCUCUACCUCCCUCACAGCAGCUGCCGGUAAAAACUCUUGUCAUAGGUACUGUGCUCACGAUACGAAACAUCAAAACUUGUAUAACAAGUGGUCUGUGUAAUUACUUGAGACAACUACGUCGUGUUGCUACGAAUGUGGUCACCAAACAAGGUGUUGGCACUGAUGUAAGUGUACGAACCAGUAUUAUGCAGAUGUGCCUCAAACUAAGGCCGAUAGAGACUAAAGUAUAUGCAUUCCUUAGCCUUUCGUUGACACGUUUCAUUACGUGAGCACGAUACAACCUCGCUCUGGGGGUGACUUAUCUUGUUGCCAAGUUGCUACAAAUGUUAUUUUUGACUGCGUCGUUGCGUUGUGAUUUUAUAAAUAAAUGGUUAUCUUCCAGCA